AGCAGAUCAGAGAGGGGGAGGGGGGCGGGGGGAGGAUUUAGCGCCAGCAGCGUCUUUUUGCGUCCAACACAACAAGCUCAUUACCGAGCUGUGCGCGUCUGGAGACGGAUUUACGCACCGAGCAGAAGGAGGAGUUCGGAGGACUAGUAGGAUGCUGAGUGCGCUUCCUCCUGGCCACUGCUCUGCGUGACCUGAGGCUGCCGCAGCCGGAGGAACCCAGCACCACAACCACACAGAGGAAGGAAGUCCAGCUCUCGUUACUGUUUUCCCUUUCUGAGAUGGCGGCGACUGAGGUCAGCGCGGCGCCAGUGGAAGAUGGGAAAUCCCCAGAAAGCGAGCCGGCCGAGGCGGAGAAGGCGGUCAGAACCGCAAACGCAGAGACUGUCAGCAGCGACGCAGUGGAGAACGACGGCUCGGCCGUCAGCAGCGAGGCGGCCGAAAACCAAGAGACUGUGAACAAUGACACAGCUGCGGCCGAGGAGGCCGGCGGCGAGGAGGCCGGCGGCGAGGAGGCCGGCGGCGAGGAGGCCGGCGGCGAGGAGGCCGGAGCAGCAGCAGCUCCUCAGAGCUCAGAAAGCGCCUCUUCAGCCGAGACCAAGACCUCCUUCCUAGACUCCUUCCUCAACAAGAGCGGCCUGGGGAAAGUGAUGGCGGGCAGGAAGAAGAAGGAACACGCCGCGGCCACAGGGGCAGCCGAGGAAGCCGCCGUCGAAGGAGGUGAGAAGGACGGAGAAAAGGUAGAAAAGGAAGGAGGAGGCCGAAGGAGGAGCCGAGGGAGAGGCGGCGACGGAAAAGCCUGCAGAGAACGGAGAGAAGGAGGAGAGAAGAAGAGCAAACCCGCAGAGACCAAAUCCACCGUCCGCGAUCUGAUCCGGAAGCCCGUGGCGAGGAUCUUCUCCCAUCGCAGCACCGAGAAGAAGGACGGUGGCGCAGCGGAGCCCGAGAAGCAGGUCAAGGUCCGGUCCCGGUCCCUGGACCGCCUGGAGGACCCGGAAGCAUUCAACGCCACGGCGGACGCCGCGGCAGACGCCACGGCGGCGGAGGAGGACGGAGCGGCGGCAGGAGCACAGGGGGAGCAGAAAGCUUCGUCCUCGACCACCAAGCACAUGAAGCGCUGGCACUCCUUCAAGAAGCUCAUGGCUCAGAAGACACACAAAAAGAGUGGCGGCGGCGAGGACGGGAAGGAGGAGGGAGCAGAGGGAGAAGCAGGAGGCGGAGACUCCUCCACCCUGGACUCCAAGGAGUCCGGUCACAAGCGCUGGAAGCUGAAACGCUCCUGGACCUUCCAGGGUCUGAAGAGGGACUCGUCCGUGGUGGGCAUCAGCGGCAAGGCCAAGGGCUCGGACAAAGAGCCUGCCGACAAAACAGAGGAGGCCGCAGGGGGAGGAGAAGAAGAAGAAGGCGGGAAGGCUGAGGCAGGAGCCGAGGAAGCAAAGACGGAGGAGGAGAAGGCCGAGGGAGGCGAGGAGGAGAAAGCGGCGGGAGGCGGGACGGUGACGCAACACGCCAACGAGAUCUGGACCUCCUUCAAGAAGCGCGUCAUCCCCAAGAGCAAAUGGGCCAACACAGAGUGCGCCCCUACUGGUGAGGAGGACGCCACUGCAGCCUCUGCUUUCUGGAUUCUCCGGGUGAAACCAUCAUGGGUAAGAAGCAGCGGUGAGGAAGCAGCCGCAGAGGAAGGCAAAGACUCCAAAUCAGCCAAGGCCAAGCGUUCCCACUUUGGCCGUGCCGUUUCCCUGAAGAACUUCAUCAUGCGGAAGGGCAAGUCCAGCAGCGUGGACCAGGGCGAAGGCGCCAAGGAGGAGGAGGAGGAGGCCACCGAAGGAGGAGACGGCGCGGAGGAGGGCGCCGCCGACGCAGCGACCCAGGAAAGCAACGACAAAGAGCCGGAGGAGAAGACUGCAGAGAGCGGAGGCGAGGCGGCGGAGGAGCCGGAGAAGACGCCGGUGGAAGCGCCAGAGACCAACGGCGAGACGGGCUGCUCCAACGGCAUGGCGGAGGAGAACGCCACCGAGAACCACCAGGAGGAGACGAAGGACAGCAGCCCCAUGAAGAAGAGCAAGGAGGGCGUGAAGGACGACGCCAACGCCAAGAUCAUCAACGCCACAGCGGCUGUGAACAGCGACAAAAAGGCGGGAAACGUGUGAGGCCAAACAAAGAGGAUUAAAACUGCCCGGGAUUCGCUGAGCAAGGAGCUCUGAGCCCCGCCCCAACUCUUCCUCCUCCCUCCUCCUCCUCCUCCCGAAUAAUCACGUAAACAGAUCACCACGGUGAGAGACAGUCGGAGCGAAUGAGGGAUGCAGUUCAUGUAGAUGAGAAGUUCAAAUCCUUCCUCAGAAAGCAAUAAUUCAGCCGCCUUCAUCCGUCUCCCUGCGCCGGGCGUGCACACGAAACAUGCAUCUGUUCCACUUUUUCUUUGCUUGUCUGUGAGAUUUUAUAUUGUCUACAGGAAAAGAAAUGCAGAAAUGUAAAUCCCUCCUUUAGCUCCUCCCCACCGCCAGUCACUGCCGCCGUCUGAUUGGUGGAUUUAAAUGUGAAGGAAACAAAAAAAACCAAGGAAGAAAAAAGACUCUUAGUUUUAUAUUGAUGAGCGUUUUUGUUGGUAGAGCCCCCCUCAGCCCCAGUGUUCCCACUGCUCCCAGUAGGAGCCCCACCACUGCCCUGUCUGCAGCUCUGAGUGUUUAAUGUUUUAGACUGUUAUAUUGUGAACAUGGAAUAAAAAGAAAAGCAAAACGGCUUCGACGAAUAAAGUCCACAUGUUUGUUUUUCUUGUUUUCCUGUUUGGUUUUGAUUCUUUGUUUUUUUAUGCUGUAAUUAAUAAACAAUGAAAAGCAACAAUAAUAACCAGGAUGAUGUUCUGUUGGUCCAAGUUUUCACGUCUGCUAGCAAAUUGUCAAGAAAGAUAGAAACAAUAAAAUCUAACAACUAA